AUGGGUAGGACGUGGAAUUGUGGUGAGCUUUACAUCAACGUGGCUGAUCCUACAAACUACAACAUCAUCAAGUACCAACCGCAGCUAGUUGCUUGGAUGAAGAAGUGGCGUCAGGAUAGUGGGAACGAUGCUAUCAUUUGGUUAACUUAUGGUGAUGUCACCGAAAGGGAUGGUCAAAAGAUGUGCGCCUUCGUAAACACUUUCGAGCAGUUCCUUAUUCGCUCGGUUUCUGCCCAGGAUAUGGCAGAGAUAGCGCCUAUCGGUAUCAGUUUUGAUGUGGAGCAUGUCCCUGAUAAUUACUACUUACAGGCAUUGACCAGUUCGAGAGAGAUGAUUGCUAAUGUUACCGAGGGUAUGGGUUAUCUACCCAAUUCCAUCUUUGUAGGUAGUACUAUCGAGGGUGAGCCCAAUCAGCAAGAAACUACUUAUGUCAUGCAGAAUGCUGAUAGGGCAUUGAUGAUGCUAUACCGUAACUCGGUUAAUGGCACUAACAAUGAUGGUUUGUUGGAGCGUAUGCAGUGGAUGAUGACAGACCAAUGCGUCGUGUGUACGCAGCCCGGAUGGGAGGACCUGAGAGCGAAGAUCACUAUCAUGGUCGAAGGCUCCUGCGAGAUGGGUAAUGGUUGCGGUAAACUUUCUAUGUGCGCUUAUGAUACGAGUAAAUAUCCCGAUCCUGAUGGGGGUAUCGAGUAUGUGUGGGACCAGUUAGAAGAUCUCACUAGUUUGAUGGUCCCAACAGGUAUUGUCACACAGGAGCAGUACAAUAAGUUAUUCGAUGUCAAUGGUACACUAUACGCAAUACAUAAUUGGGAAUGGUCUCGAUGUUUCUAUGGCGAUCCCUUCUCUCAACAGAUGAAUUAUACCGAUUGUAUUCAAAACUACCACCUUGAUGCUGCAAGCUGCAGAUUGGAGUAG